AUGCUCUUCUUCAGCAGCCCGCGCAGGCUCGAUCGUCUAUACUCUACUGACUUGUCGCACUUAGGACGGAUCUCCUUCAAGAGGUCCUCAAAGCAGCCUGAGGAUUGGAGCGGGCCCAUCAACCCCCAAAUCCCAAAAGCCAUCAUCUACAACCUCGGGGCCAAGCUGGAUUUGGAAAGACAGGGUGGCAGCGUGGUCAUGUCCCGGGAUGGAACUCGCAGACACUAUGAAGGUGAGGGGCAUGCCCUCGACAUGGCGUGGUAUGACCUCGACCUGCUCUAUUUCCGGGGCUACGCGAUCUCGAAUUAUCUUGUCACGCCGUUCUACUUCACCUGA